AUGAAGAACAACAUCCUAACAACCAUCCUGGCGUCUGCCAGCGCGACAGGCGCCGUCGUCUCCAGGGCCGCGACAAGCCAGGACCUCUGCGCGAAGACCAGCUACCAACAAAAUGGCAACUGGUUCUGCACACCUGUCCAGCAAAUCACGUAUACAAACCUCGGAGGCUCAGGAACGUACAACGACGUGGUCGGCAUUUCCGCCACCGGCCAGUGCGAAUUCCAGCCCAAGGCCUAUUCGGGCCCGCUGGCGCCGUUCAACGAGCAGUUGUCUCUCCACUUCCGGGGCCCAUUGGCCCUCAGACAGCUGGCCGUCUACACGCCCGGGCCUCAGAAGAAGAAGCGGGACGAGCAGAACAACCAUAACCGGCGUCACCUAAACGAGCUCCAGCACCACCACCAGAACGCACACGGUCACAGAAGGAGGCGGGAGGAGAUCAAGGCGGUGGAGGAGCGCGCCGACCACCCGACCGUCUGGGUCACGGCGACCAUCGACGGCAAAGUCGUGUCAUGGAUCAACAACUACUAUGGAGAGACGCCGCCGACUCCCGUUCCGGUACCCGCAGAGGCGAAAGUCGACAACAGCCCGGCAUCAGCAGCGCCGAAACCGACUCCCGCUGCCCAGAGCGCCAACAACAACGCAGCAAAGAACUCCCCGGCCGCAAAGGCGCCCGCCGCGGCCGCGGCCGGCGACCAUGUCCGCACGGGCUACUACAGCGCCGCGGCGCAGCAGGCCAACGGGCUGACAUUCCUGGGCAACUUUGGCCCGGGAGGCAAGCUGUCGUACGCCAACAGCGACAUGAGCGGAAGCUCGGCCGGACCGGCCGUCCUCGCCAACAGCACCGUCUGGUCGGCCCACGAGUACACCGUCAUGACGGACCAGCCGUGCGACGACGGGUCUUGCGGCUACUUCCCGGACGGCAUUGCCGCGUUCAAGGGCUUCGACGGGGCGGACAAGACCUUCCUCUUCGAGUUCUCCAUGCCAACAGACCCCAACCCGGCGCCGCCGGCCGGCUCGUUCCUAGCGCCGCAGUUCGACAUGCCGGCGCUGUGGAUGCUCAACGCCAAGAUCGCGCGCACGGGGCAGUACUCCGCGUGCUCGUGCUGGACGUCCAACUGCGGCGAGUUCGACGUCUUCGAGGUCCUGCAGAGCGGCGACGACAAGUGCAAGUCGACGUUCCACGCGUCGCCCGGCGGCGGCGACUCGAACUACUUCCCCCGCCCGCUCGACGCGGCCGCUCCGAUCCGCGUCGCUGUCGUCUUUGAUGCUGCGUCCGAGUCGGUGUCCGUCAAUGUGCUUGACCCGAGCGAUGUUGCGGGGACUCCUGGCCAAGAUUUCCCCACGGCGUUGUCCACUGCUCAGAUCGCCGAGCUGCGCACUGGCGCCGAGUCCUCGGCUACGCCCGGCGUGGCAGGCCUCGGGGCCGCUAAGCUGGAUGUCAACGCUGCUGUUGGCGGCGGCAGCGGCAAGGCUGCGAGUUACUUUGCCAUAGCGCCGGCGUCGUAG